AUGACCCGGGUGGAAAAGCCUCAUUCUGAUGUGAUGCAGGAUUGCAAAAGGAACCUGCCCUUCCUGCUCCUUUGCCACAAAAGCAUCAGCAUCCUUCACUGCUCAGCUGCUGCAUCCAAGAGAAACAAGAAACAAGAUCAUUGUGACAGAAAGUUGAAGUCAUGUUCUCCACGCUACAGAAAACCAUCAGACCAGUGCGGGCUGCCAGAAGACUGCAUAACACUGCAGUGGAGGUUAUUAAACAACUUUUAUCUUUUCAUUCCUGCAGUCCAGAAGCACCCAGCCCCAGAAGAUACGGUCACAGCCAGUUUUGGGAAGUUCAUCAGUGAAAUAAAGCCUCAGCAUUUGUCUCCGGUUGUGCUCCAUCGCAGCAAAAGGAUGGUGCUGGACAGCAUCGGGGUCGGACUGAUAGGGAGCAGGACAGAUGUGUUUGAGCUGGCUCUUCAGUUCUGCCAGCACAUGUAUGCUCCGGAUCACAUCAGCUCUGUGUACGGACGCAGAGGGAUCAGACUCUCCCCAACACUGGCAGCUUUCGUUAAUGGAGUAGCGACUCAUUCCAUGGACUUUGACGACACGUGGCAUCCAGCCACUCAUCCCUCAGGAGCUGUUCUCCCAGCUUUGUUUGCUCUCAGUGACAUGAUGCCGGCUAACAGCAAACCAAGCGGUCUGGACUUCUUACUGGCCUUCAAUGUCGGCAUUGAGAUCCAGGGCCGUCUGAUGAGGUUCUCUAAUGAAGCACGCAGCAUUCCCAAGAGGUUCCAUCCUCCCACUGUGGUGGGUCCUAUGGGAAGUGCAGCAGCCUGUUCUCGUCUCCUGUCUCUGGAUCCGUCUCAGUGCAGUCAUGCCUUGGCUAUAGCAGCUUCUCUAGCUGGAGCUCCGAUGGCUAAUGCUGCCACUCAGUCCAAGCCCCUUCACAUCGGCAACGCCUCUCGUUUGGGUCUUGAAGCUGCUCUGCUGGCCUCCAGAGGCCUAGAGGCCAGUCCUCUGGUCUUGGAUGCUGUUGCAGGAGUGGCGGGCUUCAGUGCCUUUUAUGAAGAUUAUGUUCCUCAGCCUUUAGAGUCACCUGAUGAUGGUGGACAUGUGUUCCUGUUAGAGGAGCAGGACAUGGCUUUUAAGCGUUUUCCUGCCCAUCUGGGGAUGCACUGGGUAGCUGAUGCUGCAGCUGCGGUCCAUGGGCUCCUUGUGGGACAUGGUCUAGGACAGGUGUCCCCACAUCAGGUCCAGGACAUCCUGCUCAGAGUCCCCCAGUCUAAAUACAUCAACAGGCCUUUUCCCGAGUCAGAGCACGAGGCACGCCACUCCUUCCAGUUUAACGCCUGCAGCGCUCUGCUGGACGGUGAGGUGACCGUGCAGUCCUUCAGCCCGCCCGCCAUGAGCCGCCCAGAGCUGCACUUCCUGCUGAGCCGUGUUCGCAUGGAGCAUCCUGAGGACAACCCCGCCAAUUUCAACCGCAUGUACGGAGACGUCCAGGUCACUCUAGUUGGAGGAGACAUCCUGAAGGGCCGCUGUGACACCUUCUACGGCCACUGGCGCAACCCGCUGACAAACGAGAGCCUGAGCAAGAAGUUCAGAAGCAACGCAGAGGUGGUGCUGCCAUCAGAGAAGGUGGAGCGGCUGGUGGAGGUGGUGGAGGAGCUGGACAGGCUGGAUGAUUGUGGAGCUCUUCUCUCACAGCUGCAGUGAUCAAUAACACUGAACAAUAAAGCAACAAUCCUUCAGCAUAGAAAUAAGAAUAAUAUUAUUUUUAUAUUAAUGUUCUGAAAUGAUCUGCUUAGUGUAGACUGGAAAUAAACACAUUGUCAUGUUUUUCCUCUGGAGUUUACCUCAAGCUGAUGUUUCCUCUAUCGUUCAAGAUUGUCUUUUGGUAUUGAAUUCUGUUUUUAUCGUAACAAAAUUCAGACAAAAACAUGACUCGUGUGUGUGAGUCAUAUUUAUUGUUUAAUGCCUGUUUUCAUAUUAAUAUUGUUAAUGUAUGAAAAUGUGUUUCCUGCAACCUUUUCUA